AUGGCGCCUUCCGAUGCCACUCUGCCCGCUACGCGGCGCACGCGCAGAUCUAUCGGUGCGCAUCCAGAUGUUAAUAGGGCCUUCGGAAAAGAGAAUGCGACUGUCGACGUCACUGCUGCAAGUCGCAAAAAGUCGAGGAGCAAGAGUUUGGGCCCCGGCGGUCUUGAUGCUCUUAUGAAAGCCAACGGCAAUAGACGAGCUUCCCUUGCUGCUCCUUCAAGAGCCCCGCGCUCAAUCCUAAAACAGACAAUGCCAAUCCCCGAGAUACCACCGUUGAAGCCAAAACAACCAGACUUAAUUGACCUUGGACUACCUACGAGACAGCUUUCAACUCCAACCCAAAGCAGUGCCGAUAACAGCGGGUCUAAGAUCGCAGUCAAAACAGAGGAAGAGCAACAAGCCGCAGCUCGGGAGCGCGAGGAGCGGGAAAGACGCGAUGCUCGUCGCAAAUCUCUUGCCAAUCGUCGCGUAUCCUUCGCUGCUGAGGCAACACUCCACACCUUUCACGAGGUUGAAUUUAACCAAGACUCAACCACGUCCACCGAUUCAACACGGCGAAAUAAUGCCCAUUCUAACAGCGCUCAAGCACAGCAGGAAGAAGAGGAAACGAAACAACGACGAAGCUCCGGGCUGUCGCCAAUCAAUUUCCACAACUCCGAUGACGAUACUGCGACGACACUGUAUAGCUCAGAUUCCGAACCUGCAGAUGCAGUCGAAGAGGUCGCCGACAUCGAAGAGGAUGGCGAUGAGGACGGGGACAGCAGCGAGUCUGAUGAUGGAACUAUGAUGACCGUCGAUGAUGUGACUGGAACUACAGCUGCUUCGGAUCGAUCAGUUGACUCUGACGGAGAGUCAUCCACCUUGGACGAGGCACUCAGAUUAGCUGCGCGAAGAGCUGGCAACCAACAGCUGGAAGACGAGGAAGAUGAGGAGGACGACCUCGAUGACGAUGAAGAAUUCAUUCCCUCAUUUGGGUGGGGCAAGGAUGCGAACAAACAGAAUGUUGCUGCUCAGGAUCAAGAAAAUUUGCCACCUCUGGCUCGCACUCAACCACCUCAACCACCUCAACCAACACAAAAUACACAAGAUGCCACGGAAACGAACAUGAGCAUGGAUAUGGACAUGGACAUGGAUAUGACACGUGCAGUUGGUGGUAUACUCAAAUCCCAACACACACAGCAGUAUGAUCCAGAUGAAGACAUGUCUAUGGAUGUCACUCGUGUGAUAGGGGGUAUCCUUAAACCUAAAUCCCCGCAGGAACAAAACACGGACGAAGAUAUGUCUAUGGAUGUUACGCGCGCCUUUGGUGGCAUUGUUAAUCAACCUCGAAACACCAGCGCUUCGCAUGAUGCUGAGGAAGAGGACGAGGAAGAUGACGUUCCAAUGGAAGAAGCGACUAUGGAGUUCACAACUGCGAUUGGCGGCAUUCAGCGCCCAGCGCCCCAAGAAGAAAAUGAGGAGUCGGACGACAACGAGGAUAUGUCCAUGGAUCUUACUACUGUCCUUGGGGGGCUGCUGUCAAAAAAUAAGAGGAAGAGUGUCGCUGCUUCCCGAAGAAGGACAGUCAAUCAAGAAGAGGAAGAAGAUGAGGAUGAAGCUCCCAUGGACAUGACCCUAGCAGUUGGCCAAAUAUUAUCAAAGCCAGGUGGCGAGGAGAUGGAGGCGAAUGAGGAUAUGGACGAAGGCGACGCUACAAUAGGGAUGGACAUGACUACGGCAAUCGGUGGUAUUCUUAGCAGAGCGACAGCUGGUCUGCGAAAUUUUGGCAAGCGAGUCAUGGAGGAGGAAGCCGAUAAUGCGGAAGCCCCUGAUGAGGCACUGCAGACGGCCAUCAGUAAGACUGCGAUGGAGGAACAGCUUCAACCCCCUAUUACGAGCGAGAAGCAGGCCAUGACCCCAAGCCCUGGGCCGUCCAAGACUCCAACAAGUGCCUCGCGAAGGACUACCGACCCCAAGAUCUCCACGCCUCAACUCAACCCCAGGAAUUCAAGGACUCCAUCACCCGUAAAGGCCACAACUCCGCAGUCACGCAAGGCCACAACUCCGCAGUCACGCAAGGCCAGGACACCGACAUCUAACAAAGUAGCUACACCUCAACUUGACUCAGUUGUGUCAGAAAGGACCGCAACUCCUCGUUCUCUACAGCGUAACACUCUUUCUGCUUCGCCAAAGCGACCAUCCUCGGUCAAAACUACAAGAACUAGUUCCAGAACACCAUCCCCUGUCAAGUCAACCCCUAAGCAAAGUCUUUUCCAGAGUACUCUCAGGAACAACAACCGAACCCCGACAAGUGUAUCGACACCUCAACGGCGACUCUCGGGACUUGGUGCCGAUCGGGCUGGACUCGGAUCCCCACAAGUUGCUGCGCUUUUUGACCGUCGAGGCUCAAUUGGUGACAUGGCCACAACCUUUGUUCCUGGAAAGAAGCGUGGUGUCAUGUUCGAGGACCCUACAGAGAUGGCAGAGGAGGUCGAACGGGAAGCACAACAGGAAGAAGACAAAGAGAAUCGCAGAAAGAUCCUUGAGCGGGAAGCCGACGGUGCUGAAGCUACACUUAACUUGCGGGAGAUGAUUGAUAGUCUAAGCCCUAAGCGUAAGCCGCUGAAGGGUCGCAAGAGUCUCCACGUUGGAAGUGCCAGAGGUCUAUUGGGCAAGCGACCAAACGAACUAGACGACGAGGAGGAUGACCCAGAAGAGAACGACGGUGUAAAGCGGCUCAAAGGACAUCACGGUAGCCCUGUCAAAAACAUCAGGCUCCAGCAGCCACCCUCUAAAGAAGAGACAACUGGAAGACUGAAUCUCUCGUUCCGAAAAAGUUUGCAGCCAAAUACUGCUACACCGACAUUGCUUUCACCAGAAAAGCCCGAUGCAGCAACAACACCAAGACACCAAGGGCGAUUCAAGGAUAUUGAGGAUGAUCGCGCUGGCCACCAAGUCAAUUUCGAUGAGACACCCAUCAAGGAUGCCGAGCAGUUGGAGGAUGAAGCAGAGGCUGAAGCCGAUGAAGACGGAGAGAGAAUUCAUCUGCAGGAUUUCUUGAACAUGACCUCCAUCCGUUUUAUGGAGUUGACAACUACUAAACGCCGUCACACACAAGCUCCAGGAACCCUUGACAAUGGGUUCCUUGAUGAAGGCGAAGAGAACCUUUCCCUUGAUCGAUGCGUCGUCGCUGGUGCUUGCAUAGUGCCGAUGCUUGAAUUAUAUCAACACUCAUGCCGCGAGUUGAAGAAGUACAUCUCAGAGGGUAGACGCAUCGUCAAGGAGAUUGAGACCGACACAUUUGAAGACAACCCCCCACUUUUCAAGGAGUACAUGGCGGCAACGCCAGAAAUCAAGACCCUGAUGGAUAAGCAGUUUAUGAACGUCAAAAACCACGCUCGCCUUUUGAGCAAAGCUAUGUGGUACGAAUGGCGAAUGAAGCUACAAGAGGGACUAAAGGAAGGCCUUCUUGGAAUCGAUGAAGGCAUGGAAGCUGACAAGGAGCUUCUGGAUAAGCAAAAGAGUCUUCUUGAUUCUGCGUUGCCGGCCAUCGUGGCUCGUUACAACUCGCUUGUGGAAGAGAGUAGUAAUCUUGAAGAGGUUGCUCAAGAACUUGCUGACUGCGACCCUGCUGACCUUGAGGCCGCCCGUGAUGAGUUGGCGUCCCUUGACGAGGAUGUUGAUUACAAGAGGAAACGCAUUGCAGAGCUGAGGGAACAAUUCCAAGCUUCCGAAAUAGAAGUGGAGGAUCUGAUCACACAGAAACAGAAUUGUAUUGAGGAUAUCGCCGAGUCCGAGAAGAUUCGAGAGGAAUGCCGUGGCUGGACGAGCACGGAGGUCAACAGUCUUAAAGCCCGAGUUGAUGCUAUCGAGAAACAGCAUGGCUGGGCAGUAACUGGCAUCUCUGGCACUGUCCUCUCCAUGGCCUAUAAUCGCGAGAUUGAGAUUGUCUUCGACAUCACCUCGUUCCAAGACCACCAACCCAACUCGGCCAUUGACCUUUGGUACAUCGCCGACAAUCGGGAGCAGAACGCACUCCCCAAGACUACAGAGAAAGAGUUCUUUUUGCAAACCAUUCGAGAUCAUGCUCGCUCAUUGCCUCACAACCGUACCGAGAUCUCUCACCUUCUGGAGAAUGUCAAGUCUGCCUGGGACAGGGCUAACCUAGUUUCGUCGCAAGUUGCCCGACUCAACGCUACGUUUCCCACAACAGUGGAGAGAACAUCUGACUCAAGUGUGGCAAUCACAACAUCUAUGCUGCUUGUACCUUUGGAGACUCGCUUAGAAAUUAAGUUGAACCUCCAUGGUCAGAGCAAUGGUGAAGGACUUCACAUAACCAUUACGCCUGAGGCCAAAGUGCUUUACGGAGAACACUUUAAUGUACCAAAGAUUGUUGAUUACCUUACGACACGCAUCGGCAAAGCUGUUGGGUCUGGAGAGGAACAAUGGAGUGAUGUGGUUGUGGAAUUGCAUGGAAGACUGAUUGCGAGAGGCCGGAAGCAAGGUUAG